AUGCACAUUUCUAGCAGCAUUGUUCCUGUUUAUAGCAGCAGCAGCGUUGCUCCUGUUUGUAGCAGCAGCGUUGUUCCUGUUUGUGGCAGCAGCAGCGGCGUUGUUCCUGUUUGUGGCAGCAGCAGCGGCGUUGCUCCUGUUUGUGGCAGCGGCGUUGUUCCUGUUUGUGGCAGCAGCAGCGGCGUUGCUCCUGUUUGUGGCAGCAGCAGCGGCGUUGCUCCUGUUUGUGGCAGCAGCAGCGGCGUUUUUCCUAUUUGUGGCAGCAGCAGCGGCGUUGUUCCUGUUUGUGGCAGCGGCCUUGUACCUGUUUGUAGCAGCAGCAGCAGCGGCCUUGUACCUGUUUGUAGCAGCAGCAGCGGCCCUGUACCUGUUUGUAGCAGCAGCAGCGGCCCUGUACCUGUUUGUAGCAGCAGCAGCGGCCCUGUACCUGUUUGUAGCAGCAGCAGCGGCCUUGUGCCUGUUUGUAGCAGCAGCAGCAGCAGCCGUGUUCCUGUUUGUAGCAGCAGCAGCAGCAGCCGUGUUCCUGUUUGUAGCAGCAGCAGCCUUGUUCCUGUUUGUAGCAGCAGCAGCAGCCUUGUUCCUGUUUGUAGCAGCAGCAGCGGCCUUGUGCCUGUUUGUAGCAGCAGCCUUGUUCCUGUUUGUAGCAGCAGCAGCAGCCUUGUUCCUGUUUGUAACAGCAGCAGCGUUGUUCCUGUUUGUAGGUUGCAGCAGGUUUUUUUUUUUUUUUUUUUUUUAUGCAUCUGUUGCAGCAGUGUUUUUGCUCCUGUUUGUUGCAGCAAUGUCCCUGUUUGUAGCAGCAGCUGCAUGUUUUUUUUUUUUUUGCUCCUGUUUGUUGCAGCAUUGUUGUUGCUUUCUUUUGCUGCAUCAGCGUUGUUCCUGCAUUCCGCUGAAGAUAGGUUGAGGACCAUUGGUGAUCUUUGCAUUAUUACAAAGAAUGGCAGUGUGAUCCAAUGUCCUAGAAGUCAAGUCUAUACUAGAGAUGAUAUCUAAUGAUGUGAAAUGACUCUAUUUUUUUUUUUUUUUUAGCAGAGAAUAUUUUACCGUUUUUUAGUAACGUUAAGUAGACCUCCUGUAACACUCCACAGAAACCGACCAAUCCUUUCAGAAUAGACCUUAGCCGGGUUGUCAGGUGGUAUGUAAUCGUUGCUGCUUCCGUUGUGGACUUGGUGUUCAGUACUGAUAAUAUAUCAGGUUAUAGGAAUAGUUUAAUGUGACCCAUUAUGGAGAUUUCUCUGUAUAGUAUUUAAUAUCUUACAUGGAGUAAAGAUGUGUGCAGAUUAUAUUUCAUGUGUAUGAAUAGUGGUGUCCUAAAGUGAUUAAAACAUUGAUAUUAUUUAUUUUUUUAAUAACCUAGAACACUGUUUCCCACCCAGGGUGCCUCCAGCUGUUGCAAAACUACAACUCC